UAUUUAUGAAUGAUAGUGCAUCCAUGGAUUUUAUGAAUAAUACAAAAGUUAUGUUUUAUUCGCAAAUAAUGGAAGAAAUUAAAACAGCGAAAUCAAUGUUUCAUUUUAAUGAGCGCGCUUCGUUAAUACAAUAUAAUUAUGAGAUUGGUAUUAAAGUGAUGGCGGACGAUAAUAAAUUACAAGAGCUAGCGAGUUGGAAUGUUGAAAGUGGUGUUGUGUUAGAACCAGAUGCGAAAAUUAUUGAAACUAAAGCGUAUUAUCGUAUUGGAACAGCUAUGGCUAUUCCAUGGUCAUUUCCAGUGGUAGACCCUGAUACAGGACAAGUUGUCUUAAACGAAGAUGGUACAGAAAAAUGGACUGGUUAUUGUAUUGAUUUAAUUGAUAUUAUUGCAAAAGAAAUGAAUUUUGAUUAUGAAAUUGUCAUACCAAAAAAGGGUGAUUUUGGUAAAAAGAUAGGGCCUGAUAAAUGGGAUGGUUUAGUGGGUGACUUAAAAACAGGGGUAACCGAUAUGGCAGUUGCAGCUUUAACAAUGACCGCUGAAAGAGAAGAAGUUAUAGAUUAUGUUGCCCCGUAUUUCGAACAAACAGGAAUAUUAAUUGUAAUGAGAAAACCAGUUCGGCAAACAUCGAUGUUUAAAUUUAUGACUGUAUUAAAAAUGGAAGUAUGGCUCAGUAUUUUGGGGGCACUGGUUGUAACAGCUAUUUUAUUGUGGAUUUUAGAUACAUAUUCUCCGUACAGUGCCAGAAAUAAUAAGAAAGCUUAUCCAUAUCCAUGCAGGGAAUUUACACUAAAAGAAAGUUUUUGGUUUGCUUUAACAUCAUUUACACCACAAGGUGGUGGUGAAGCUCCGAAAGCAAUAUCUGGACGUACUUUGGUCGCCGCAUAUUGGUUAUUUGUCGUUCUUAUGUUAGCAACAUUUACAGCUAAUUUAGCUGCGUUUUUAACAGUUGAAAGAAUGCAGACACCGGUACAAUCUUUGGAACAACUUGCUAGACAAUCGCGUAUUAAUUAUACAGUAGUUGAAGACUCAACGACUCAUGAAUAUUUUAUUAAUAUGAAAAAAGCUGAAGAUACAUUGUACAGACUAUGGAAAGAAUUAACAUUGAACGCAACAAGCGAUCAGUCUCAAUAUCGUGUGUGGGAUUAUCCGAUUAAAGAACAAUAUGGGCAUAUUCUCUCAGCAAUAGAAGAAACUGGAACAGUUUCAGAUGCAUCCGUCGGAUUUGCAAAGGUUCUUGAACGUAAUGAAGCUGAUUUUGCAUUUAUACACGAUUCUUCUCAAAUUAAAUACGAAGUAAGUCGUAAUUGUAAUUUAACCACAAUUGGUGACUUAUUCGGAGAAAAACCAUUUGCUAUAGCAGUACAACAAGGUAGCCAUUUGCAAGAAGAACUGAGCAAAGUGAUUUUAGAUUUACAAAAAAAUCGAAUUUUUGAACAUUUAACAAAUAAAUAUUGGAACUAUUCAGCACGUGGAGUUUGUUCUGAUUCAAGCGAUAGUGAAGGAAUAUCAUUAGAAAGUUUAGGUGGAGUGUUUAUAGCAACAUUAUUUGGAUUAGCUCUUGCAAUGAUAACAUUAGCAGGCGAAGUUAUUUAUUAUAAGCGUAAAGAACGAAAUGAAGUUCGUGCCAUGAUGGAAGAGAAUAUGAAACCAAAACCUCCAAAAUCACCUAAAUUAGUUACAAUAGGCAAAACAUUUAAACCAGUUGGUGAUAAAUUACCACGAGUUUCACAUAUAUCAGUAUUUCCAAGGAACACUUUUCAACCAUAAAAAUAAAUAUUUAUUGUGUAUUAAUUUGUACAUAUAAGCUUGCCAGAUUAAUUUUCUAAAAUAAUUUCCAUUAAGUAAAAUUUUUUGGUAUGGAUGUUCCAAUCUGCCAAAAAAAGAUAAUUGGUAAAUCGUAAAUUAUAAUUAGUCGAAAAUAAUAAGAGAAAACAUUCAGUUAGCC